AUGGACUCGAAUCUGACUGGAUAUCUCGGAAAGCUUGCUACGAGUGACCGUUGGUUAACGGAAACCGAUUCGAACCGAGCGGAUUGGAAUCAUGCGAAACACCGAAACGGCCGGAGGAGAUCGAUCCAGCUGAUAGCGUCUCCACCACGACCACAGCCGCUUCCACGACCACCGCAGCCUCAACUACCACAGCCGCUUACACGACCACCGCAGCCUCAACUACCACCGCAGCCUCAACGACCACAGCCGCUUCCACGACCACCGCAGCUUCCAAGACCACCGCAGCUUCCACGACCACCACAGCCUCAACUACCACCGCAGCCUCAACUACCACCGCAGCUUCCACGACCACCGCAGCCUCAACGACCACCGCCACUUCCACGACCACAGCCGCCUCAACUACCACCGCAGCCUCAACGACAACCGCAGACCCAACGACCACCGCAGCCUCAACUACCACAGCCGCUUCCACGACCACCGCAGCCGCCUCAACGACCUCCGCAGCCGCCUCAACGACCACCGCAGCCUCCAACACGACCACUGCCGGCGGCGACAAAAACUACAUCACCCCCGACAUGUCGUUUCGUGUAG